UAUAAAGUUUUUUCACCCUUUUUCAAUAAUAUGUGAACUUUGUUAUGUUACAUUUAGACUUUGUUAUGUGGGCCAUGGAGUGGAGUUCUCAAACCUCUCUUGGAUUGGAAAUAUAACUGGCCUUAAUAAUGGUGAUAUUGAAGUUACUUGGGCUGAUGGAAUGGUAUCAACGGAUAUUAAGAGGGAAAAUGCAAGCAACGUUACUUCUGAAGCAGAAGAGGAUGUAGAGAAUGACAUUGGUAGGACCACAGCACUUUCUGUCCCCCUAGCAGCAAUUCGAUUUGUUACCAGACUUGCCACUGGAAUAUUCUCCAGGGCACAAAAGAACAUAGAUCCUGUUCACUUGCAGUCAAGCAGUGAAAUUGAAUGUCCGUCACCAGUAAAUGUUUGUGAGUCCAGUUCUCGGGAAUGUGUUGCCAUUGAUGGUGACAAUUCGGGCAGCAAGAGUUGUAAAAAUGAGGAAGCCUUUCUUCCAGAAGGAUCCGAUGUGGAAGCAUCCGAGACACUGUGCAGCUUGAAGAAUGAAAAUGCUCCUGCAAGUUGCAACGAUGAUGCUUGCAGUUUGAAACAUUUUGACAUGGUUACAGAUCCCUCAGACCAUUAUUUUAUUGGUGCAAAUGGACAGAGGAACAAUCGAAAAUGGUUUAAGAAGGUGCAACAAGAUUGGGGUAUACUACAAAAUAACCUUCCUGAGGAAAUCUUUGUACGAGUUUAUGAGGAUAGAAUGGAUCUUUUGAGAGCAGUUAUUGUAGGGCCAUUUGGGACCCCUUACCAAGAUGGUUUGUUUUUCUUUGAUUUUCACCUUCCUCCAGAGUAUCCUGAUGUUCCACCGUCAGCAUACUAUCAUUCAGGUGGUUGGCGUAUUAAUCCUAAUCUGUAUGAGGAAGGGAAGGUUUGCCUUAGCCUUCUAAAUACAUGGACAGGCAGAGGAAAUGAAGUUUGGGAUCCAAAAUCUUCUAGCAUCCUUCAAGUUCUAGUUUCACUACAAGGGUUAGUACUCAACUCCAAGCCUUACUUCAAUGAAGCUGGAUAUGAUAAGCAGACUGGAACAGCCGAAGGAGAGAAGAAUUCGUUGUCCUACAAUGAGAAUACAUUUUUACUGAACUGCAAGACCAUGAUGUAUCUUAUGCGGAAUCCCCCCAAGGAUUUUGAAGUGCUCAUCAAAGAACAUUUUAGGAAGCGUGGUCAUAACAUCCUAAAGGCUUGUGAUGCAUAUAUGAAAGGCUACUUGAUUGGCUUCUUGACUAGAGAUGCCUCUGUGAGUGACAAUAGCAGCCCUAAUUCAACCUCUGUUGGUUUCAAGUUGAUCUUAGCCAAGAUAGUGCCAAAGCUUUUCUUGUCACUUAGUGAGGUUGGAGCUGAUUGUGAGGAAUUUAAGCAUUUGAAAGAAUUGUAGCAAAGUAAAUACAUCACCUCCUUAAAAUUUGAAGGUACCAACAAGUGUAAAGGUUCUCAUGUGUCGUAUGUGUUUUGAUUUCUACAAUUUCUGAAUGUUUAAUAGACCAAUUCACUUCUAGGGGUUUGAAGGAAGAGAUUUGGUGGCAAAAACCCUUUUGAGAGAAGCAACCACUGACAGAGCAGGCUGAAUAGCCCUUUGAUUAUGAUCACUUGUAGAGGGGAGGCAAUGUUUUAUGUUCCAAACUUUUAUUUAUUUUUUAAUAUCGAGACAGACAACCAUCCAAAAAAGAAAUUCUGGACAGAGGAUGGGGGGUUGGAUUUUCUCAGAUGUUUGGUGAUUAAUGGUAUUGCACUGAUGGAUCAAGUCAUGUUUGUGCGGAUUUGGUGAAUUGAACUGAACAAAUAACCAAUUUUGUUUUUCUUCCUACUUCCCCCUUGCACCCACUCUUUACUCGUCCAUCCUAAUGGAUUCUGCGCUCUUAUUGGUGCGUUUUGGCAUUUUUGCUUUCAUUGUUUGGGAGUCCUGUGUUGUAACUUCUCUAUUCCUGGAUACUGUCAUUUUUUAUUGAAAAAAAAUACAAAAUACCAGUGUAACCGAAGUAGGACAUGAUCUAGGAGCACUCCACAUGCUAUAAAUCCAUUAAUUCAAUGACUGUUGAAAAGUGGUA